UUUGCAGCGGGUUGAGAGUGAAGCUCUGCCUCCAGCCAUGGUGGUCUUCAACCCCUUCCCCUCUAAUCACAGCCCCUCCAUCUUUCUUGGGAAACGGCAGCUUCGUCGUCUCGAUCAUGUUCCCUGGAACCUGAGGUCAAAUUCUGUGGUAUUUCCCUCAACAAUUAUGGCAAUUUUUUGGGGUCCUAAGAAGAUUUCAAAGCCACAGGAACUCAACCCUUCUCUUGGUUCAUUUCCUCUGAUAGCUUCAGUCCCAGAGGGAUCAUCAGCCAUUCAGAUGAAACCUCAGAAAAUUUCCCUCUCUGUCGUAACAUCAAUAUCUGAGAUUUCUGCUGAAGAUUGGGAUGCAUGUGCAUUGGAUGCAACUGGGCCUGAAAAGUUUAAUCCUUUUCUUUCCCAUGCUUUUUUAUCAAGCUUAGAGGAGUCAGGUUCUGCAACAAAGCAAACAGGAUGGUUGCCUCAGCAUAUUCUUGCUCAGGAUGAAUUUAAGAAAACUGUAGGUGUUGUCCCCCUUUAUCUUAAGAGCCACUCAUAUGGAGAAUAUGUUUUCGAUCAUUCUUGGGCAGAUGCUUUUUAUCGUUAUGGUUCUAGGUACUAUCCAAAGUUACAAUCUUGCGUGCCAUUUACUCCAGUAACAGGCCAAAGAAUUCUAGUUCGUAACACUUGGUUUAAGGAACAGGUGUUUGACAUACUACUAUCAGCAUUGAAGGACAUGCCAGCAAAGUAUCAAGUCUCGUCAUUGCAUGUGACUUUUCCAUCUGAAAAUGAAUGGCACAGAAUGAAGAAUUUCGGGUUCUUGCAGAGGAUAGGAAUGCAGUACCAUUGGAUAAAUCGGAAUUAUCAAAAUUUUGAUGAGUUCUUGAUGGACAUGAAGCAAAGCAAAAGGAAAACUAUCAGACAGGAGCGGAAAAAGAUUUCUGCCCAAAAUCUGAAAAUGACGCGCCUCCGUGGAGAUGAAAUAAAGGCCAAACACUGGGACUCUUUCUACAAGUUCUAUAGAAAUACCACUGACAACAAGUGGGGUUCUGCUUAUCUAACAAGGGACUUCUUUCAAAUUAUGGGCUCAAAAAUGGCAGACAAUGUGCUGCUUGUGGUUGCUGAAGAUGAUGGGGAGCUUGUUGCGGGAGCACUUAACCUUAUUGGUGGCGAUACUUUAUUUGGUCGCUUAUGGGGUUGUCGAUCGCAUGUCUACUAUCCAAAUCUACAUUUUGAAGCUUGUUAUUACCAGGCUAUUGAAGCAGCUAUUGAGUUAAAGCUUAAUAAGGUGGAGGCAGGAGCUCAAGGGGAUCAUAAGAUUCAACGAGGUUACCAACCUGUGACAACAUACAGUUGCCACUACAUAUCACAUGAUGGUUUUAGACAAGUCAUUGAAGAUUUUCUUGUGCAUGAGACUGAGCAGGUCAAGCACGUCAUAAAAUUGUUGAUCGAUUCCGGGCCUUUCAAAGAAGGCAUAGAUUGGCAUGCAUGAUCCUGUUUAUAUCUUAAAGCUAAUACAGUUCUGCAACAAAUCACAUGUUUAUGAUCUUCAGGGUCAAAAACAUAAGAAAUGCAUCUCCCCAGUAACACAAUAUGUGAGUACUGAGUGAUUCUUGCUAGCCCUCAUAAUUAUUUAGUGUCAAACCAUUCUGGUCAGGAUAAAAAACUGAAGGCAUUGCCCUUGUAUAUAUUUAAUUGUACUACUGAAAUUGCACUGCUAAUAUUAGUAUCUGAAACUUUUUCGGUCA